CUACAGCUGAUGGAUUAAAUUCGUCUUCGCAAUAAUGAAACUAUUGAGUGGAUCGUUCAAAACAAGUGUGAGGUUUAAAAACGCUAUGUCACUUAGGUGUUCUAAUGUAGCGAAAUGCUGGAUCAUCCAGUAAUAUGACCAACCAAACAUUUAGGUAGUUAGUACGAAAUUGGAUUUCCCAUGGAGAAAAUAGGGGAGUACGAGUAUAGUACAAAGGAUUUAAUAGGACAUGGAGCUUUUGCGAUCGUUUUCAAAGGAAGACACCAAAAGAACCAUGAGGAUGUUGUUGCCAUCAAGUGCGUGCCUAAAGGAAAGUUGGGAAAAUCGCAGCCCCUCAUCGGAAAGGAAAUCAAAAUCUUACAGGAACUGACAAAACUCCAACACCAGAAUGUGGUUGCGCUGUUGGAAUGCGUGGACUCCCCCAAGAAUUUGUACAUAGUGAUUGAGUAUUGUAAUGGGGGAGACUUGUCAGAGUAUUUGAAUUCUAAAGGCAGUCUGAGUGAAGACACAAUAAGGCUAUUUCUCAGGCAGAUCGCCGAGGCCAUGAAAGUCUUGAACCAGAUGGAAGUGGUGCAUCGGGACUUGAAACCACAGAACAUCCUGCUGUGUCACUCAGGCAUGCCCAACCCUGCCCCCUCGGAAAUCACACUGAAGAUCGCAGAUUUUGGGUUUGCCAGAUUCCUCACGGAUGGAGUCAUGGCUGCCACAUUGUGCGGGUCGCCCAUGUACAUGGCGCCCGAGGUGAUCAUGUCUCUAAAGUAUGACGCCAAAGCAGACCUCUGGAGUGUUGGAACCAUUGUAUACCAAUGUCUGACCGGGAAGGCACCUUUCAUGGCACCUAAUCCACAACAGUUAAAGCACUAUUAUGAAAAAAAUGCAAAUUUAGCUCCUAGCAUACCUAAUGGCACUUCACUAGAACUCACAGAUUUACUUUUACGCCUAAUGAAACGAGAUGCCAAAGACAGAAUGGAUUUCGAUGAACUUUACAAUCAUCGAUUUUUAAAAGCCCUGCCUCGAAGUAGCUCUCCCGUGCCAGUUCCUGUUUGCUGCUCUGGUUCUGACAUCUCGAGUCCCCUGGGGUCCCCUGCUCCCCACUGCUGGACCAGGGAGGCAGGGGGUGGCGAGGAGAUGGCCGCAUCACCCCUGUCUCAGUCACCACCUUCACCCAUCGAGAAGGACUAUGUUGUCGUACCUUCCAAUGUAGCAGAAACAUUAAGAUUUGUGGAAGGAAACAAAAAUAGCACCCUGAAGCACCAGCUCAGUGAUUCAUCUACGUCUCCCUCGAAGAUGAGCAUCACCGACUCCUCGUUCAAGAAGUCGGCCCACGACGCCAACAUCAACCUGGCGACCAGGGCGGUGACCUACCGGCAGGAGGUCACCGCCCUGGAGGCUCGAAGGCUGGCCAGGGAGCGCUCCCAGGAGGAGGCCGCCAUGCAGAUAUCGGAGGCCAGCUGCGCCGGCUCUUCCGAGCGGCGCAUCUCCGAGGCGGUGCCGGUGCCCACCCAGAGGGUGGUCUUCGAGCAGAUCGAGCACAGCCUCCAGAACACGCCCGCCUCCUCCCCCCUGGACGGUUACGAGGUGUCCGGGAAGAUGCUGUCUCCCGGGACAUCCCCCACGUCUCCAAAGGAGCUCGCUGCGGUUUGCAGCGACAGAUCUCGUAAAGACUCGACGAACUCUGGCGGGAGCGACACUUUUCGCAUCACGGAUCUCAAUUCUUUCACACCUCCUUCAGUACAGUUCACGAUCGGGACGCCCCCUGGCGGCAGGCUGAGGAGCUUCAGUGGCAGCACUCCCCCCCAGGGAGGUUCGGGACGUCAAACCCCCACCGGAUGGCGACACCCCCAGGCCACCCCCUCCCCCCAGUCACCCCUUAGGCGCUCAGGUUCCACCCCUCCUCUCAACUGCUGUGGUGGUCGUGAGGUGAGGCGCUGCGACCCCUACGGCCAACAGAGGGCGCUGGACUUCCGGAACGGCCGACAGGUGUUCGGCAACGGAAGGGCAAUGACGCUUCCCGAAUUUGACACCAGGGACCUCUGGCCCGGUGGAAUUCCCGAAACAGAGGACAUGCAUUUCCUGCAGAGAUCUGGGAGUGCAGGCAGGAUGAGCGAAAAUGGCAUUUUGACGGGACACUUUGCCUACAGUGGAGGAGGAGCCUCCCAGAGCCCCAGCAUCCCCUCUCUCCUGGCCUACAACCAGCAGCGCUACCUGUACCAGCAGUGCCAGCACCACUGCUGCUGCAGUGGGGGCUCCCCGGGCAGGAUGCGCCGCAACUCCUACACCACCGACACCUCCCCCACCGCCCACUUCUACUCCCGGGGGAACUCCCCCCAGGGCAUGGAUGCGCUCUUCGAGCCCCCGGAGCUGCCGGAGGAGACGCUGCUCCACAAAGAACACAAUGACACUCUGGCAAAAAUUAACUUUGUGUCUGCUUUAGUCAAGUGUAUCCUGGAGUUGGCAAAGACCAGGAGUUCUCCCCUCUCUUCGGCACUCACAAGCUCCCUCACUCAUACCGAUGGCUCUGAUCGAGUGCUAGGAGAUGGGUACAGGAGGGCUGUGCAGUUGCUGCUGUACAUGAAGGCCUUGCAGCUGAUCUCGUCGGCCUUCCACCUGUCGCAACAGCAAGUGAAGAACGGACACCUGCAACCCUCCACUUCUGUCAGGAAUGUGCUGCACGUGAUGAAGGAGCACUACCACUUCUGCCUGAGCAUGUGCAAGAGCCUCAAUACCCCUGGGCUGCUGCAGUCAGUGGGGGUGGACCCCUCUGCCUCAGACAUCACGGCAGACAAGAUACUCUAUAACUAUGCCAUUGAAAUGUGCCAGUCUGCUGCGCUAGAAGAACUUUUUGGUGAACCAAAAGAGAGCUUUCAUCGGUACCAGACGGCACAGAUCCUGCUGCAUAGUCUCGGGCAACAGGUCAAUGAUCUGAGGGAUAAAGAACUCUUACAUAAAUAUCGAGAUGCGGUUCAACGUAGACUGAAGAUCCUGACCAACAACCGGUCCGGCUACGCCUAUCGCAUGACCUGAGGAUGGCUUCGUGAUUGUGCAUCCACUAAAAAUGAAAACAUUUAUUUUCUGACCUUCACUUAUUUAACUUCCUUUUGUGACUACCUACCUACAUACAUAUAUAUAUGCAUAUAAUACGAGUAAAAUAAAUAUAGUUCUUAGUGUUCAUAGAGGAAAAAUAAGGGAAAAUAAACCUCACACUUCAUCGGACUCACACGUUAGGGAGGAAAUGCUUCAUCGAGACUGUGUAUGUAAAAUAAUAUCGAUCUUGUCGGCAAUUUUCAUUCUUUGAAACUAUCCCCUUAUCCACCACAGCUAGUAUGUUCUCAUGGCCGAUAUACCGGCUUGUGCAUUCAUUUUGUGUGUUUUUUUUUUUCCAUGAUAACUGCAUUUUGGUCGUUAAUUUAGGACACUGUUAGAUCUGUUGCCAUAAAUUUAAAAAUAUGUUGAAGUUCUUGCAAAUAUACUUUUUAAAUUCUUAGAAAUCAUUAAUACCCCCCCCCCUCAGAAUGUCUAUAUGUUUGAAACCCCCUUUCUGUUUGGUUUUAAAACUUUUAUCAGUGCCAAGUAUGUCAUUUGCAUCCAGUCACAUUUUUUCUUUUUUGAAAGAGUUUUCUAUAGUAUUUAUUGUAAAGCAGGCACUCAUAUUGUGCCUAAUUUUUUUCCCCAAUUUCAAAUUAUUGCAAUUUAAAUUUUAUCAGGUUUUGUUCAAAAUCAAUGUAAAUUUUCAAUUUAUUUUUAUUCUGAAAUUGUUUUUCGAAUGAGGAUGUUACCUCUUGAAAUGUACUCAAUUACAAUAUUAUACAAUUAUUGAAAGAUGUAUUUGUGUUACACAUGUUCGCUUUACUGAAAAGUGUCGAAAAGUUUCAAUGAAAGAUGUCAGAUUUGAAGAUAAAACUUUUUCAAUGGAUGCAAUUGAUAUGAAAGCUGCAACAUAAUGAAUGCAUUAGAUUUUUUUAGUCUAUUGAAUUAUUAUAACUUAGGGGCAUUGUUUUUCUUUUAUGUCUAAAGUACUGAAGCAAGGUUGAAAGUUAAAUGUGGAAGAAUAAGUUAUGAAGGUGGAUGUGCAAAACUAAUUGAAGAAAAUAAAUUCAAAACGAUAGGGAUAGUGACACUAGUCAUUUUGCACUCAGCUGAAAUUGUUCAGAAGCAAAAUGUAAAUAUUUUUAAAAGACAUGUACUUUGCCAAUUUUCAACUUAAUUUUAAGAGAUGCCUUACGAUUUACUACAAUUUGAAUGACACAUUUUAUAAAGUUAAUUUUAUCUUUUUCUCGUGUAAAUAAAAGUAUUUAUAAAAUAAGAUUUUUUACUUAACUUAAUUCUCUUCUGGUUUUGUAGAAGUUUGAGCACUAUUCAUUAAUGAAAUUUUUUUUUAACUGCAAAUUUUAUUGUUCUUGUCGAUGUGUUGCAUUUAUUUUCGCUUAAAUGCCGCAAGUUUUUAAAUUAGGUUUCUACUUGAACUGUUCUUAGAAAAUUGCACUAGGCAGAACUGUAAAAAAUAAAUCAUUGCUUAAAAAUGGCUGCUAUGUGGCGUUAUGAUGAAAUGAAUGCAAUUCUCACAUUAAAUUUUAUUUUAAAUGAUAAAAACCAUGAAUAUAAUUCACAGCAAAAAACUUUGUCCAGAUUCCUUAACUAUUUUUUUGUCUAAUAACUGCAAGAAAUGAAUGCAUAAAGUAUGUAUUCCAUUUUCCACCUCAUUCUUUAUCUCAUUUUGGUGUUAUUAAUUUCAAUUUGAGUUAUUUGUUGUAAUAAUGUUCAUGUGUAACAUAAGUUUUUUUUUAACUUUCACUGAAAACAACAUAGUAGUUAUGUGCCUGAAAUAAAGUUGUCAAGUGUUGCCAUAUAGUGUAUUUUUAAGGACUAAUACAAUUUUGUUCUUUAAUAUAGAUGAUGUGCUUGAUGCUUUUGGCAAAAAUAAUUAAUACAGUAAAACCUGUAAAGUAGACCACCCUUGUAAGUUGGCCACCUGUCUAAGUUGACCGCUAUUUUCAGGCGCAGAAUUAGAUCUUAUCAUAUUAUUCAACCUCUAUAAGUUGACCACCAGUUUAAGUUGACCUCUAAAGUUGUGCACCGGAAGUGGUCAACUUACACAGGUUUCACUGUAUAUUUAUUUUUUUAGAUGGUACACAAAUAUUUCGAAGAUCAGACAUAUUAAUGUAAUGUUUUAUAGUUUUAAACAUUGGCACCAUUUUUAUGAUACCAAAAUCUAUUCACUUAAAAGUUACUAUACUUCCAUACACAAAAUUAAAUCAUUACAUCUCCCUAUGAAAAACUUACUAUAGACUAGAUAUAGUCGACUCUCAAUUAUUUUCUGUAAAAAACAUUUACUGCAAGUUGUCUCUUAUCAUGAACAUUGACUGAGUAUUUUGCUUCUUCCUUUAUGUUAGGCAUUCAUUUCAUUACAAAUUCAGCCCAUAUGUUAACCAAUAAGCAUGGUUUUAGGAAUUGAAUGCGAAACUUAACUUGAUUACAAGACCGGCUCGGGUAGUUAUGCCGCCCCAUGCGAUGUUGACAAGUGCUGCCCCUACGUCUUAAUCUUUACUAAUAAUAAAGCUGAAAAUCUGUCUGUCUGGUUGCCUGUGACCCGUAUAGUGCCUGGACUGUUUGGCCGAUUUUCAUGAAAUUUGCCACAAAAUUAGUAUGUAGCAUGGGGAUGUGCACCUCGAAGCGAUUUUUCGAAAAUUUGAUUUGGUUCUUUUUCUAUUCCAAUUUUAAGCAAAUUUUACCGAGCAAAUCAUCACAAUGUGGAGGAAUAAAUUACGGAAUUAUCAUAACGUGGAACCGUAACAUGGGCAAGCAAAUGAAUAUAGAAAAAUUCGCAAGAAAUUCACCUUUAAUUACUUGUAAACAUACAAGCGAACCGAAAGACCUUUUAAUUUUCUACUACAGGCAAAGCCGUGCGGGUACCACUAGUAAUAUAUAUAUUUAAUCAUGGAGCAUACUCUUACGUAAUUGCUUCAAUUUGAGCUGCAAAGAAAAAAAAAAAACAAAGGGACAAAUUUGAGUUUUUCUUUUUUUAUUUAUUUAUUAUUAUUAUUAUUAUUUUUUUUUUUUAGGCUUCCUUAAAUUUUGCCAUCAUGCAAUUUGCUGCCCCUAAAAUCGGCCGCCCUAGGUCAUAUCAAAUAGGGAUGUGAACCUCUUCCACCCUUGAGAAGAAAUUAAAAAUUCAGUCAUUAAGCUCUUGUUCAAUCUGAUUUUGCAUUUAAUCCCAAAAAUCAUGCUUUCACGCAAUCUUCAACUUUUUUGACAUAAAUCCAUUAUGUAAUGCUCAAUCUGUUUUUGUGUCAUUAAUCUCACAUCAAAACACUAUUGGAAAGAAAAGUAAAGAGGAUGGGUUAGUAACUACCGCAUCAGGGCUCAUUUUAACUUUUGAAAUGUAUGAAAAGAUUUCUCCUAAAUCUUUUUUUUCGACUGUUAGUCAUCUCGGGGCAGGCAAGCCCUCUAUCAUUCCUUGUUGUAUUCUGUGUGUGUACAUAGCUAUUUAUUUGAAUGGUGUGAAACUAUUUAUUUUUGGUGUGCUGUGCGAUGGAUGAGAGAGCGACGUGUGAAGUAACCAUAGGAAUAUUUUCUUUGGAUGAAUGAGAACAAACAUUUUUUUUUUGUGCCACGAGCCGAGUGGUACGAAAACGGGAUGAGUGCCCUGCUCGCGAUAACAGAUUCGGGUAGUUGACCAGAGUCGCGUUUGAUCGUUAUUUCUUUGCGGAAUGCAAUUUGUUUUAUUCUUAUUGGAUGACGUCUGUGAUGAGGUCACACAAUUGACUGAUAUACUCAUUAUUUACUCGUUAGGCAGUGUUCAAAGCUUAUCCACGCAUGUAAGAUUCAAAAUAUUGAUAACAGUCAAAAAAGUUAAGGUAAAAAAUUGAACCUCAAUUUCAUAGGAAAUGGGUUCAAUUUAAACAAAGGGAUGAAAGUUUUCUAUUCUGAGGGCAGAACAUAUUCUCAUGCAUUGAAGAUUUUUUUUCUUCUGAUAAAUGUGUCUGUUGAUCAGGGCUUAGUUUGCAUGGGAUUUUGUGGUAAAGCAGCUUUUGUAUUUCUAUGCCAUUUUUACAUUGAAUUCAGACUAUUUAUAUAUGAAAAUAACUUCUGAUGACUCUAGUUCGCCCGCAUUUCGUUUGGUAGAAAUGAAGCUCUGUUAUUAAUGAUAAAGGAAAUUGCUACAUACAUUUCGAUUUUCGUACAAACGAAAUGAAAAUUUUUGGCUUUAAAUGCCAUGUUUUAUAUUUUAAUUAGUUUAUUUUCUUUUUUUUAAAGUGUUUUUAAAAUAAGCAUUUUCAUCUGUACUGAAAUGACUCUCAAGAAUUUAAGUUUAAUGUAUUGAGUACCUGGAGUAUGUUAUCUUAAUUUCGGUCAAGCAGUAAGUUUUUGCUUUCAUUUUGAGAAAACUCUUUGAACUUUAACUUAAAACGCUGUCAUCAGUAAGUGUGGAAACAUAUUUCAUUCAGGGUAGGUUUUUACUUGUUGCAUGAUUCAUUAUUUCUUUAUAUGUGAGAACAUAGUACUCGUUGCUAAAGUGUUGAAACUGAUUCAAUAAAAAUAAAUGUAUGGUUUUUAAUAGUAGAAUUCCUUUUUUUUUUUUGGUAAUAUACCAUGAGUCUCUGGCAGCAGUUUUGCCUCAGAUAUAUAAACUGCAGCCAUUUAAAAUGAAGGAUAAUCAUGUUUGAAAUAAUAAUAAUGAAUAAAAAUUACAAAGGUUAAAAAAUGGCCAAUGCCCAUGAAUGUGGAGCCACUACCACUGUAUAAAACAAAUUACAAAAUGUUAUUUUUCGACUGUCAUUGUUCAAAUUUUUGUCACACUUUUGCUAUGGUCACAUAUAAAGAAAUAAAACUUUUUUUAGUCAUUUCAAAACCUUGCUUAAUUCUUAACUUAGGAUGCUGUUUGAGUGAAAUUUCAACAUGAAUACAUGUGUUGUGUGCGUAUGUUGCAGAUUGAACUGUUUUCAUUUAAAAUGUAUGUCUCACACAAAAACAUAUUCAAAUUUUAUUCUGAAAUUUAUAUUUUGUGUAGUAGCAUUUUAUAUGGAUACAUUGGACUCUAAAAUAACUGAGUGAAAUUGCUAUCAAAAACUUCGAAAGCGAAGAGAAAUUGUAUUUACAUGUAAUGGUUUUGUCCCUGUAUAUAUUUAUGUGUUGUGAGUGUCUAUUUUUUGUUUCUUUUAGUCAUGAUACCAAAAUCAAAUCAGUAACAUGUAAAUAGAUUCGACUUUUUCCCUCAUAGUAGAUUUGAAGAGAUACAUAUUGUUGAGAUUUUGUAAAAUCAAAAUAAUAACCACACAAAUGAAAUUGACUUGGGGGAAAAACUCGAAUAAUUUCAAAAUUCAGGGACCUGUUUAGGCUCUGAUAUUGAAAAUGAUCCUUUGGGACAAAUUUGAGCGUGAUUGCUGUGCUGUGAAUCAAAUGUAUUAUAUAUGUUUUGUAAAAUCUUUGUUCGUAUAUUCAAAUAUGUUUUGUAAAAUCUUGCAAAAUGGCAUUUUAAAAAUUAAUUUGUUAUGUUAUGUCAUGUUUAAAUGCAAAAAAGGAUUGUUAUUUUCUAAGCUCUUGCAGAGUUUGAAAAAAGACUUUCUGCACCAAUUUACCGUAAAAAUUUAAUCUACGUUUCUGCCAUUGCUACCUGAUAGCUUGUUGUGAGUCACAAUUCAAGCCUCUAUAUUGGACCCGAAGCAAGGCCCUUAAUUUUUAACAGGAUUUUGGCUAAAUGCUAUUUUGUUUUUGCUUACUCAAAAGAGCUCCAUUCAUGGGCGCCCAUAUGCAAAAUUGUAUGGGGGGGGGGGGAGCUCAGAAAUUUUAACCAUGGUUUAGCAGGAUAUUUUCCCCAUGGAGGCUGAUUUCAGGAGAGAUUAGAGUCAUUAAAAUUUGACAUUUUUAAUUAUUUAUUCAUUAAUGGCUGGAGAAGAAAUAUUUUUAUAUUUUUUCAAAGAAAAAAGUACUAAAAACAAGGAAGUUCUGAUUUCCAGGGGGGGGGCUCGAGCCCCCCUUGACCCCUAUAUGGGCGCCCUUUGCUCCAUUCCUCGUGUGCCAGAUAUUGCAAUUCUUGAAGCAAAAGCUUCGCGUAUUCACUUUUUUGGUAUGGCAAGUUGGUAAUCUUCAAUAUUUAUGUUGAGUUAAAGAGAAAGUGGAUUUCUAAUCUAUACUCAUUAAUUUUUAUCCCAUAUGAUAACCAUGCCUCGCGUUUAGUCAUUAGUUUUAGACACAAUUCAUUACACUGGUAUGUUUCAGUACUUAUUUUUAAAAAAACCUUUCCUCGUUCUGGACAUUGGCACAAUCUUUGUGCCAACAACCUAUGCUUAUAACCGCAAUUGCACUCAUUUGAGGGUUCGAAAUCAGCAUCGCAAAGAAUACUUGCAUAAUAUUCCUUCACGUUUGUAUAUUGCGUAUCUCAUGUACAUAUGUAAUACUUUGUACUUGUUACCAUAUGAGUAUUGAAUUGAGUCAUUGAAAGUUAAUUCGAAAAUUUAAAGCAAGUAGUGCAUUUAAGAAGGUAGUUGAGAUACAGUGGUUGAAGUGGGGAUUACCAUGCAGAAUUUAAGAGGGGACAGUUAUGUUUUUUGAAAGCUUAUCAGGCACCUUUCGAUAUGAGAAAUAGUAUGUGCUAUUAAUAAUUUUUAUACGAGGGCCAGUGGAGGAAAUACAAUCGAACCUCCAUACAUCGAACUUCCACAUAUCGAAAUUUUCUAUAUUUCGAAAUCCCAGCAAAUUUCUAUGUUCAUUACAUAGAAAAAUUGUUUCUAUAUAUCGAAAUAAUCUCUAUAUAUCAAAAUUGUUUUCGAGACAUCCGUGGAUUUUUUUCCACUUUAGACUGUUUGUCUCAUGAAAAAUGAAGGUUAUGGGAGAAAAUUAUGUUCACUAAAGGUUGCUACGAAACUCAUAAGGAAUCUGGGGUUGAGGGGUGUGCAGAUAGGUCGUUAUUCCGUUCUGGAGUUCUUAAAUUCCCACAAGUUUAUUUCAAAUUUUAGUUGUGACCAGUAACUCUGUAAAAUCGGCUGCAAGUUAUCCCUUUUGUCUAUUGAUUAUCAUUCCUAGUCCUUUUAGAUUCAGUGAAAAUCAUUCAAGUUAAGUAGAUUGAUUUUUUACUUUUCUCUCGAUUACAUUGUUUAAACAAAAAUCCCCUAAUGUUGCGGAUACAGUUGAAUUACCGAAGAAUGGUGAUGUAUGAAGGCGCAAAAAUAUAAUUUCUGUAACUUUUUAAUUAUUAACUUUCGUUUAAUCCGAUGCUCGUAUAAAUUAGAAAUUUGGUUUCAUGCAAGAAAAUUAGCUUUAAAUUUAAUGUUUUAGGAGAUUUUUAGGAUAAAAUAAGAUCGUUUCUCUAUAUCGAAAUUUCUAUAUAUGGAAUUUUUUUCCGGCAGUUUGCUACUUCGAUACAUGGAGGUCCGACUGUAUUUUCAAUCCACUGCCACACUUUAAGAACAGUAUUCAGUUUGUGUACGUAUGAAGAGGAGCCAUUUUUACUGGAGAACAAGACACGGGCCAGUAUUUAAUUUCUUACAAUGUGAGUAAUAAUGACAUUUUGAGACGAGGCUACGGAUGCCCCGAAAUAAUUGUUGUGAGAGAAUUAUUUUUCCCAUGGUGGAUCCCCUAUAGUUUUUCCAUUGAAGACUAAUUAAAUCUGCAUGCAAUUUGUGUCAGUUUCAGUUUAUCGUUAUCGAGUGUAAGUAAUUUGUAAAUAUUGUUCCUGUGUUUUUGUUUUGAGUAGUGAGACUUAAAUGUAAGCUUAUAUAGCGACCAAUUUUAUGUUCUUGUGCACAAUGAGUUGGCUGUAAGAUUUUUGUGAUUGUACAUGAUUUUGUAAUAAAAUAUUCUUAGUGUAA